UUGCUGUGAUGAGAAGUAAAGUCUUUUUAUUUAACGACAGCACAACAUAUAGUGUUAUCAAAAUUAUUCCGCACAGAAAAAAUAAAUUUAUCUAAUUGUAAAUUUCAUACUAUAUUUUCUAGUGCAAAGAGAUGGAAGGCGAUGACGUUAAGGGUAUACUGAAGAUCAAGGGUGUGCAGAGUAAUAUUUUGAAGACGGCCAAGUUCGAUGAGCUGAAUGUGUUGGAAACUUUUCAUCCGGCGAACAAGGACUACGGCCAUAUGAUAAUUGAUGAGCCAAAAACGCCAUUUGUUUUUGAGAAUGAUUUGCCACAUGAUCUGGACACAGAUACGUUGAUUGAGAAGCUGAGACUUGCCGCACAAUCAGAGACUCCGGCCUUUGGCAUUGAUAACGACUCGGAUGAUUCCUCCGACGAUGAUGACUAUCCGGAGUCUGUCGAUGAGAAGGUGCGUCGACUGGAAUUCGAGCGUCGUCGAAAGUUGCACUACAAGGAGUUUUUGUCUGUUCCCCUGGCACGUCGUCUGAUUGCCGAGGAAUUUGGGGAUAAGAGUAGCGUCGAGCCCUCGAUCAGUGAUGAGAGCUCUCCACAAAAGGAGGAGAGCUGCUCAGCUGAGGUGUGUUCCAGUCUCCAUGAGCAGACACAGCAGCCAAGCUAUCAAACUCCGAUAUCAAGUGUUUCCCUGAUCUCGGUAAAACCCAGCAUGGAAUAUGUACCGCCACCAGUCGAAGUUGAGCCGGGUUUUCAACCCGAUCAUCAUUGCUAUCAGAAGCUAACAGCUCAAGGACUUGAGCCAAGAGACACAAUCACAUCCCUGCUCCCAAAUGCAGCAUCGGAGAGCAGUAAAAUUACCAACGAGGAGACGGGCAAAUAACAACAAUUGACCAACAAUCUAAAUUGAAACCACAAACUUAAACAUGCGAAUUAAUCGGCAUCUGUAUCUGUAUUUUAUGUUAUGCAUUUAAGACUGCCUGCUAGCUAGAUGUCUAUUAAAAUUGUUACGUUCAAGUAA